GUGGGGGGGUCUGUGCGCCCCUGACCCACUGGGGAAACCUUGGGGUCAUGGGAAUGGGGCACCACCAUCAGCACUUGAGCUCCCAGAACAUGGGGGGCACUGGCAUCGGGCCCCCCGAGACCCAAAGAAAGCCGGGGGGAGGCACUGGAGAGGUCUCAGGGUACAAAAGAGGGGCUGGGGUGGCCCCCCUUAAACCCCUGGAGUCCUGCCAGGGUGGGGGUUCAGUCCCCCGGGGAUGGGGGGCUGUGCCCUGCUUGGCCCUGAUCCCCCCGUGGCUGCCCAUGGGACCUCUGUGCCUGUCCCCAUCCCGAAAUAAAGGAUUGUCCUCAAAGCUGGGAUGAGUCCUUCCCCCGGGGGGGGUCCCCAACACCACAAGGACCCCCAUGAUCCUCACGGGGAGGCUCCAGAAUGGGGACCCCAUUCCCGUGAUGACCCCCCAGCCCGCUGGGGUGACCCUGGGGUGACCGGGGCAGGGCGUGGUGGUCCCUACAGUGGGGACACCCACUCCGGGAGGGGCUGGACCCCCAUCCCGUUUCACCCCAUGGUGACCCAUUGCUGCCCCAUCGCCGGGAUUUGGGGGGGACAGGGGUCCCUCGCGGUGGCUUUGCCCGUCCCCCCGCCACCGCCCGAGACCCCUGUCCCUUGCACAGAUGCUGCUCCCCCCAAAUCCCCCCUCCGUGACCCCAUAACCUUCUCGGGAUCGGUUUAUGGCAUCAUCCAGCAUCGGCAGGGGCAGCACUUCCCGCUCGGCGCCUGCGCUCGCCGCGCCGCCGGAGCCUCCGCCGGCCUGGGCACGGCCGAAAUUGGGGUUCCCCUUCCCAUGCUGCCACCAGACACCCUCCCCAAACUGAUCGAGACUCCCUCUCCAAAUUGUCGGAGAACAAUGGGCUGAACGCAUCCGGCGUCUUCCAGCGCUGGGAGCCGCCGGCACAGGCCGGGCUGGGGGUUGCGGGAAACAAAGCCCCCCUCAAAAAAUCUCCUCCGCGUGGUGCUGGGGGGGUCACCGGCCCCCCACGGCCCGCUGAGGGACCCCCCGGUUCGCCCCGAGGAGCUGCACAGCCGCCGGCCCCGGUUUGAGGAGCGACAGCGCCGGUAGCAGCAGGUGCCCCCAUGGCGUCGUUCCGCAUCCGACAGUACCGGGACCAGGACUACGAGGCGGUGCGGGCGCUGUUCGCCCGSGGCAUCCUGGAGCACGCCCCGGCCGGUUUCCGGCACGUUCUGCGCUCGGCGCGGGUGCGGCUGGCGCUGCUGGCCGUGUUCGUGGCCGCACGGGCGGCCGCCGGCUCCUGGGUGCUGGGGCUGGGCGCCGUGGCGCUGGCGCUGGUGCUGCUGUGGGUGCUGGUGCGCUCGCUGAGCGCCGAGUACGUGCGAGACGCGCUGGGCACCGACCUGUGCGAUGUGCCCGGCACUUACCUGCGGCCGCCCGACCGCGGUUUCUGGGUGGCCGAGGUGGGUGGCACCGUGGCGGGCAUGGUGGCGGCGGUGCCCGCGGGCCGUGGCGAGCUGGAGCUGAAGCGGAUGUCGGUGAGCCGGGAGCACCGGGGCCGCGGGCUGGCACGGGCGCUGUGCCGGGAGGUGCUGGCUUUCGCCCGCACCCGCGGUUUCGGCGCCGUGGUGCUCAGCACCUCCAUGGUGCAGGUGGCGGCGCAGCGGCUCUACGAGGGGCAGGGUUUCCGCAAGGUGGGCACUUCCUACCCCUCGCUGCUGGGCACCCUGCUGAACUUCCAGAUUUUCCACUACCGCUGCGACCUGGGCGAYGGCACCAAGUAGGGCCGGGUGGGGAUGGAGGGUCCGGCGCGGUGCCCCGAAGCUGGCGCUGCCAUGGCACCCCAGCUCCAGCCCCGGCGUGGCAGCGCCGAUGUGGCACCACCGUGACCCCGGGACAUGAGGCGCUGCCGYGGCACCCGAACCCUGGCACGCGUGGCACCGCUAUGGCACCCCAAACCCKGCCC